GUUAAGUAGUUACUGUGAAGCUGCCGAACGAUGUCAUCUCUUUCUCCCACUGGGGGGCGUGGCAACAAGUGAGCGCUCAUAAGCCCAGGGCGCUCUGUGAGGGGCAGACCAGCGAGAGGCAGCAGGGAAGGUGCAGCAACACUCCCAGCUUCAGACUCCACCAGCCACGACGCCGCGCCAGCCGACUAAGAGAUGCGAUUCAGUACCCUGUUCUUCAUCCUCCUCCUGGCCUUCCUCUGCCUCACGCUCGCCCAAGGAGCCUAUGAGGACUGUUGUCUGAGGUAUGUGGCACCAGUUAAGAGAAGCACCAAAAGGACGGUGGUGAAGUAUAAGAGACAGGAGGUGGACGGUGGCUGCAACAUCCCUGCCAUUGUGUUCAUCACGAAAAGAGAUAGAGCCUUCUGUGCUAACCCAAAAGAGCAAUGGGUUAAGAAGCUCAUGAUCUUCGUGGACAAACUGGCUCGGAAGGGACCCAAGAAGAAUAUCUAAGCCUGAGGUGAGACCCACACACACACUGCCCAACAACGACCAUCAUCGACUCUCUUUGGCUGAUCUCAUUAAAACCAACAGGAUGCAGAAAGACCCCCCACUUCGACUGAUCCCAGAACAGAAGUUUCUGCCACUCAGCCCAGCUCAGAUGGCGAGUCCAGCAGAGGGAUUGGUAUCACUGAUAAAUCUAUUCACACGUGUCACCGACGUCACACAUCUGAUUAUCGUUCAGGGUACAUUACAGUAUGUGCACCAGGUCCUCUGCCUACAGAAAUUACUGUAUUUUUAUUCUUUGGGAAGCAUAUAAAUUUCCCCUGUGAUUAAAACUAGCCUUUUUUCUUAAACGAUGCGAGCUGAGGUUGAUUUUUAUGCUGCAGGACCUGUGAAUGUGAAGGGAGAAUUUAUUUUGUGAUAUAAAGUAACUUUUCAUGUGUAAACUGCUUGGGGAAAAUGGGUUAGCAAGAGGACGAACCACGGAGUCGCAGCUGUGUGGCUCCGAGCGCGUUUAACAUUCAGCUCUCUGUGUCUGUGUAUCACUAUAAGCUCAUAUUCUUACCUUCCAAUAGCUAUUAUUGUGAAGAUGUUAUUAUAGUGAAUUAAUAAAGUUACAUCGUAUUUUUUAAUCA